UGGCGGGGCCGGGGAGCUCAGUGCCCAAGUCGCCCCGGGGUGGCAGUUCCCGUUAACCUUAGCCACAAAGUCAAAGACGGCCGGGCAGGGAGCCGCCGUGCUGAUGCCGAGGGACCUCCGGGGAUGGACGGUGGCCUGGCUGGCGACAGCAGCACAGGAGAUGUGCUGGUCAUGAAGAUCAAGCAAGAGAAGCCAGAAUGGCUGCUGCAGACGCUGGGGCCACAGGCCGCGCUUUCCCAGAAGGAUAAGGAGAACAUUUUCCAGCAGCGUCGGAGCCUCCCGCCAUGCCAGGCCGUGGGGAAGCCUCGAGCCUGGGGGGGACAGGAGGAGACUGGGGGUCCAAGGUGGACCCCUCCCCUUGAGCAGGACGGCGGGCCGGCAGGCCGGGCUCCGGGGGUGACCCCCAGCCCCCUGAGCCCCGCUCUUUCUGCCGGCGAGGGUCACUUCGUGUGCCCGGACUGCGGGAAGAGGUUCAGCUGGUGGUCGUCCUUGAAGAUCCACCAGCGCACCCACACCGGCGAGAAGCCGUACCCGUGCGGCAAGUGCGGCAAGAGCUUCAGCCAGAAGCCCAACCUGGCGCGCCACCAGCGGCACCACACGGGCGAGCGGCCCUUCUGCUGCCCCGAGUGCGCUCGGCGCUUUAGCCAGAAGCAGCACCUGCUCAAGCACCAGAAAACCCACUCCCGGCCCGCCACCCACCCGUGCCCCGAGUGCGAGCGCUGCUUCCGCCACCAGGUGGGCCUCCGCAUCCACCAGCGCGCGCACGCCCGGGACCGCCAGGGCGCCCGCGCCGGGCUGCAGGCGCUGCACCGGGACGCCACGGCCCACUGGGGCUGUCGCCCGCGGCCGGGGCCCCGGCGGGGGCGCCCCGAGUGGGCCUGGCUGGGGCUCUGCCAGAGCUGGUGGCGGCAGCCCGGGGCCCGGACCGCCGCCCCCGCCGAGCCGCGCCAGUUCAUCUGCAACGAGUGCGGCAAGAGCUUCUCGUGGUGGUCGGCGCUGAACAUCCACCGGCGCAUCCACACGGGCGAGCGGCCCUACCCGUGCCCCGAGUGCGGCCGCCGCUUCAGCCAGAAGCCCAACCUGACGCGCCACCUGCGCAACCACACGGGCGAGCGGCCGCACCCCUGCGCGCACUGCGGCCGCAGUUUCCGCCAGAAGCAGCACCUGCUCAAGCACCAGCGCACGCACCUGCCCGGCGCCCCGGCCGCGCCGCGCCCCAGCCGUGCCGCGCUGCGGGCCCACCAGCAGGCCCACGCCGCCGCCGCCGAGCCGCCCGCCCAGGGCGCCCCCGGCCUGUUGCCGCCGCCGCCGUCGCACGGCCCCUCGCCGGCCCGGGGGCCCGGGGACGUGCCGUGGGGCCGGGCGCGGGCGGCCGGGCCAGGCGAGCCGCGCCAGUUCAUCUGCAAUGAGUGCGGCAGGAGCUUCUCGUGGUGGUCGGCGCUCACCAUCCACCAGCGCAUCCACACGGGUGAGCGGCCCUACCCGUGCCCCGAGUGCGGCCGCCGCUUCAGCCAGAAGCCCAACCUGACGCGCCACCGGCGCAACCACACGGGCGAGCGGCCCUACCUGUGUGCCUCCUGCGGCCGCGGCUUCAGCCAGAAGCAGCACCUGCUCAAGCACCAGCGCGUUCACCGGGGCGCCCUGGCGCCCACCCCCAGCGCCAAGGGCGCGGCGCUCUAGGGGGCCUGGACCCAAGCAGACCCAUGGGCGGGGUGGGAUGCUUGCGUGGUGCGUGUGGGGAAUGACCAGGAAUGGUGGCUUUUAGAACCCCAGGGGGUGAGACCCUAUCAAAAGGUGCUUUCUUCAAGGCUCUCAGACCUGAGAACAGAAUUCCACAAGCAUCCCAAAACGGGGACCGGGAAAAGUCCCGGGAAGGGCUGAGGGAGGAGGUAAGAUCAGACAUCCUCACCCUGGAGCCUGGAUGUGUCUGUGAUGAUUGAGGCCCGUCUGGUCCAUCCUCGGAGGUGGGACCGCAGCCCUCGGGCAUUGAGUGCAGGGGGCUGUCGACGGCCCUGGGCGAGGCUCCCUGGGUGAGAUGGCGCAGGUCUGGACUGGUCAGCUGUGGCCCCAGCCAGCCGCGCUCAGCUGCCAGAUAGCCCAGGGGUGUCCCUGUGGGGGAGUCUCAACAGACUGAUACCCAGAUGGGAGCUGGGGCUGGGGAGGGGCACGUCUAUGCCCGUGCGAGGCCAGUGCCCAGCACUUAAUGGCUACUCAAGACAUGUUUUUGGAAGGAGGGAAUGGUUUGAUGGUCCUCAACACCGAGUGCCCCACUGCCCAGGGUGCUAUGGUGGCUGGCUUGAUCCUGGGACUGGUUUUGUGUGUGUGUGUGUGUGUGUGUGUGUGUGUGAUGG